GAAAGACACCAAGGGGGGGGGGUGAAUACUUUUGCAAGGCGCUGUAUCAUGCAACAUUUCAACACAAUCCCCGUUGUGACAUUAACUGUAUUUUAAGCUCAACUUUGUGACUAAUAAAAGAAUCACAUUGUCAUUCAACACAAGCAUGGGGUCAAAGAAGUCAAGAGAGGAAAGGAGAUGCGUAUCGGUGACAGUGACGAUAACGGUCCAACUGGCCUGAAAGUGUUGCACCUGACCCCGUGUGUGACGAUCUCAGAGGUUGACUAUCCUCGCGAGUCUCACGUGUUCCAUCACUGAUGUGGCUCAUGUUACUUUGCUCCGACACACCUCUGAAGAAUCAUCUUACAUCCGCUCUAAAUCUCCAUUUUCUCUUGUUUCCACAUCCUAUUCUCUCUCUUCCCUGCUUCACACUUCUCUCCAGGUGUUGUGAAUGUGGCUGCAUCCUGUCUCACUGGUACUAUGAGAGAGAGGCACAGCUCUACUGUAAGAAGCACUACUGGGCCCGCUAUGGAGAGCACUGCCACGGCUGCAAAGAGACCAUCGCCACAGGACUCAUUAUGGUUGCCGGAGAGCAAAAGUACCACCCUGAAUGCUUCACUUGUAUGAGCUGUGAAAUGUUCAUUGGAGAUGGAGACAACUACACGCUCAUCGAACGCACAAAACUCUACUGCGGCCACUGUUUCUGUCAGGGUGUAGUUUCAGCAGCGAGGUCAUCUUCGCCACUCGCCAAGAGUCCCCACAUGGUGGCGCUGGUGUCUCUCCCUCCCCGUGCAGGUGGCCCACGAGCCCUGACUCUCACCACUGACCUCAGCCAAGAGAAAGGCCCUCUUGUCACUGUGACAGGGUUAGACACAGCUGCCCUCAGCCCUGACCUGCUGUCCUCUGUCCACAAUGGGGACCGAGUACUUGAAGUCAACGGCAUCCCUGUCCACAACAUCACCCCAGACGAGAUAAACUGUGUGAUCCAGGAUACAAGCCGACCACUGCAGCUGACCAUCGAACACAACCCGCAGCCUCCCGUUGAACUCCUCCUCUCAAACGAUCCCCAGGAUGACAUCAGCUGUCCCGACCUUUGUGUCCGGGACAAAGUUUCUUCGACCCACAAACUCCAAAGUCUGGAGGAAGAGCCCAGUCCAGGGGAGGAGACCGAUGGACCAAUGAGCAUGAGCCUCUCCCCUCCUCAGCACCAGGGGACCAUGGGAAUGCGAUCCAGACAUAUUCUGCGCAGCUGUAGUAUCGAUAAGUGUCCUCUGUCCUCCGGGGCACUGUCGUUGUUAUCUCAAAGGAGAGACAUGGUUCGCUCAGAGUCUCUCCGUGCGGACGCCGGAGAUCGAACCCAUCGCAUCUUCAGACCUUCAGACCUCAUCCACGGAGAAGUGCUUGGCAAGGGCUUCUUUGGACAGGCUGUCAAGGUGACGCAUCAGGAGACAGGGGAGGUGAUGGUGAUGAAAGAGUUGAUACGUUUCGACGAAGAGACCCACAAGACUUUCUUAAAGGAGGUGAAGGUGAUGCGCUGUCUGGACCAUCCCAAUGUCCUCAAGUUCAUUGGACUGUUUUAUAAAGACAAACGAAUAAACUUUGUCUCUGAAUACAUCCAGGGAGGAACUCUCCGAGAGACCAUCGUAAAAAUGGAUGAGGAUUUCUCCUGGAGUACAAGAGUGGGUUAUGCCAAAGACAUCGCAGCUGGAAUGGCAUAUCUGCACUCCAUGAAUGUUAUCCACCGAGACUUAAAUUCACACAACUGCCUGGUCAGAGAGAACCAGACUGUGGUGGUGGCAGACUUCGGACUAGCCAGGCUGAUAAUAAAGGAGAGGAAUCAGACCACAACAUCCUCGAUGGAACGGCCUGCGAAGGGGACACUGUCAGAGCUCCGCAGGCCUGACCGGAGGAAGCGCUACACCGUGGUAGGAAACCCCUACUGGAUGGCCCCUGAGAUGAUCCACGGGAAAAGCUAUGACGAGCGGGUGGACGUCUUCUCCUUUGGUAUCAUGAUAUGUGAGAUUAUAGGUCGAGUGAAUGCUGACCCUGACUACCUUCCCCGGUCCAAUGACUUCGGGCUAAAUGUAGCCGGCUUCCUGCAGCAGUACCACCCUCCACGCUGCCCCCCGGCCUUCCUGCCUCUGGCUGUCCUCUGCUGUGACAUGGACGCUGAUCAACGUCCUUCUUUUUCGAAGCUGCAGGAGUGGCUUGAGAACCUGCUGAUGCACCUGGACAUCGGCCUGCCUCUGCUGUCUGAGUUAGAGCAGCACCGCAGAGCCUUCUGGCAGAAGCACAACCAUCAAAACCAGUCUCACAACCUGGACAAGACCCUGGAUUCACAUGAACAAACCCACAUCUCACAGCCACAAAGACAGAGCUCCGACCCCACGCGACGUUCGGACGAUGCGAACAACCACAUGGAGCCUAAUCACCUCGCUCAGAACCAAACCCAAAAUGGCCUACCUGAAAGCCAUUCGGACGAAGAGCAACACACACAUGGCCUGACUUGUUACAGGUCGACGAGCAUGGACCCAGGCGAGAAUGGGCCUGAAACCUAUGAAUGCAGUAACCCCUCAGGACAACCCAAAGCCGAGGACGAGCCCUUACAGCCGCUACAGGUCAAAGACGUGCUGCUACGCCAUUCCAACAGGACCAGGAGGACAUGCAGAGUGCUGUGGGACAGAUCUACAGAGGACAGCUCUUUUCUCUGACUGCGCAGCACAUUUUUGAGGGAGAAAACUAUUUAUGAAGACAUUUUGUGCGUUUUCAAACAACUGGGAGAGAAGUGAACGUUUCUUAAAAAGGUGUGUGGAGCAUUAAUACGCGGAGAACCUGCGGAGGCAUAACAGUGGGAUUCAUAUGGGACAUUUAGCAGUUCAUAUUUGUGUGCUGCUUGAUGAAAACUGCCGAGCACAUUACAUUUGCCUCAUAUUGCUCUGUGAACCAGUAUUUAUGUUGUUUCAACAAGACCCGACAAAACUAGAUUUAGUUGAUACCCAUAUUGACAUUUCAGAGGUCGAUAUUAAUUAAAUUGCAGUGCAUUGGCCGGUAGUUAUUCAUUAAUAUAAGACACAACAGAAACAAGCAUUUUUGAUAAGGAUUCAUAUAAUUCCAUAACGUUUGUUAGUGCGCUCUGGUGGACAGACUACGUAAUGGAAACACCGUUUCUAAAUUACCUCAAGUCAUAUCUUUUGCAUUUUAGUGCUACAGUUUAUCUUUACUUAUCAGCCAACAUCUGUGAUGAUGCCGGUAAAAAUUGGUCGGCCAAUGUAUCGGUUGGGCUCCGGUGUCAACUUUGUCCAGAAGCUGUGAAACACAUGGCACUUUAUACCAGCUACACUGCAUGGGUCAAGUAUUUAAGAGAAUGCUUUUUUGUAUUUUCUGUUGAAAUGUUUCCGCCCACAUACUGAGCAGUGAACAUAUAAAUGUACAAUUUAAUAAAGAGAAGUGUAAAUUCAAA